AUCUGACAAGAAUUAUUGACUAAUUUGUCUUUUCCAAUUAACUUUUAGAGUGUUAAAUAUUCGUGUUCUAGGCCUUCUCUGCCUGUUGUGAUCCCCUCAAAAGACGCUCACGUAGCACCUUUUGCCAAUAGCAUUAAAAAGGGACAACACCCUAUAUUCCGGUCACCCUAGCCCAACUUGGCUAUCGGUUUACGCGUUAUGCUUCGUUAAGUGCAUUUUGAAUUUUUAAUGUUGAGCGCGCUUUACCCGCUCGCUGCGGACAGGACAACUCGCAAAAUGAAAAAGGCGGCUGCUGGUCGGAGAAUGAAACCCGAAGUCUCAACAGCUUUUGCUGUUACCGUCGAGGUCCUGGGUCCUGAUUAAUUCGCUUUAUUAAAAAACCAUACGCCAAGAAAUGCGUAAUACUUUUUAGCACUUGGCCGGGACCAGCAGCUGCUCCACUCAGCAGUAACAACAAACAAGGCAAAAUAAUCAACACAAAUUACACGGCGCCCAUAAAUAUUCCACGCUGUUUGGGCAAAAAGAGUUGUGAAAUUAACGGGAUUGCGAUUGUUACUUUUUGAAAUAUGCUGGAGGCGCGUUUAGGUCAGACUUUGCUGCUGAAGAAGAUCAUCGAUGCUCUGAAAGAGAUAAUUGCCCAGGGAACGCUGGAUUGCAGCGAUUCUGGAUUGCAGCUCCAGUCAAUGGACAAUUCGCAUGUGUCACUGGUCGCUCUGAGCCUACAAUCGGAUUGCUUUGAGAAAUUCCGCUGUGAUCGCAACGUCUCCUUGGGACUGGACCUUAAAUCCCUGGCCAAGGUGCUCAAGUGCGCCAAUGGCGACGAUACUGUCACAAUUAAAGCCAUCGACAAACCGGACAAGAUCUUGCUGAGUUUCGAAUCGGAUGGCAAAGGGCGCUCAGCGGACUACGAACUAAAACUGCUGAAUCUGGACCAGGAUCACUUGGGAAUUCCAGAUACGGACUACUCCUGCAUCGUUCAACUGCCUUCAACGGAGCUUGCCCGCAUCUGCCGGGACAUGAGCAUGUUCAGUGAAUCCCUAACGAUCGCCUGCACCAAACAGGGCAUUAAGUUCUCGGCCAACGGAGAUUUGGGUUCGGCCAAUAUCCAACUGACCGAGGGCAGCAAAAUGGAUGUGAGCAUCGAGGUGAAGGACCCAUUAACCCAGACCUUCGCCGGGCGGUACCUGAACACCUUCACCAAGGCCACUCCCCUGUCGGAUCGCGUGAAGAUCUGCCUGGCCGCCGAGGUUCCGCUACUGGUCGAAUAUCCUAUCGAGGACUUUGGCUACAUCCGAUACUACCUCGCCCCCAAGGUGGAUGAUGCCGACUCGUAACUGACUUAAAGAUAAAUCAUUUUUACUUUAACUAUUUUUAACGCAAUUUCUAAACAAACCAAAGAGUCAAAUAUCUCCUAAUACGUAAUACGUUAUUUAAAUAAUGACGAAUAAUGACGAAUAUAGCAUCAUACUAAAUAAAAAAAAUACGAAAAUAAAAUAAAAUCGG